CUAUGGCGGCCCCCAUGAUCCACGCCUGAGGCUUUCCGCCGAACGCCGCUGCUCUAUGCCAUUCAAUCUGGGGAAUUUCAGGUGGAUUCAGCGUUUUUGUCACACCACCAGGCCUCCAGAGCUGCAGUGAAACCUGGACUGGAGAGCCUGCUUUGCUAAAUUGGGGACACGCUGCUUCUGUCAGUAUAGAUGUUAAGAAGCUUAUUAAAGGACAUAGCAGCUGACAAGUGGCUCUGGAUAAGAGCUGUCAGCGGAGCAUUUUGACUGGAUUGAGGCUACUAAGUGAUAGUGAUCUUGAACCACUGAUUUAGAGGAGUGGCACCAAAAAGCCCGUUGAUAUGCUGAGUGCUUUACAGGACAAAUAACUCUCCCUGUUUCCUCAGCUGCAUGAAAGUCAAGCCACAGAUUUCGACUUCAACUGGAAUACGAGAGGAAAAAUGCCAGCUUCUCUAAGGAAACUGCAGCAAAUGGCUGUGUUCAUGGGGCUGUUCAGCGGCGGGGGAUGCAUCGUGAUGUACAAUCUUAUGCAAAAAAGCUUUGCCCGGACCCAGUAUUAUCAGCAGGCUCUGGAGCAACUGCACAGCAGCCCUGAUGCCCUAGAAGCCCUGGGUGCCCCCCCGCUCAAGGUUCACAACAUCCGGCUGACAGAUGGGAGCAAUCGUGUGGACACAGAGAGAGCACAGAUAAAAUUGCCAGUGUCUGGAGCAAAAUCGGCAGGCUAUCUCUACAUUAACUCUGAGAUGGAUCAUUCCCAUCAACGCUGGUGCCUUCAGGAUGUCACCUUGAAACUGAAGGAUGGUCGGAGUAUUCCCGUUUACCACUCGCCAGCGGAAAGCACUGGUGUGCAAGAAGGCUAAAAACCAAAGGCAGCUGCGCCUCCACCUCCUGCUGAGCUGAGGGAGCUAUUAAUCGAUUGCAUCCUGCUGUGUCCCCGAAUCCACAAGGCUGUCACAAGUGGCAGCUUCACUUAAGCGGCGCUCUGUAGACAAUGUCCUCCCCAAGACUGCCCUCCUCAUUGUCAUUUCUUUCUUUUGCUGCUUUAGUCCUGUGUUCAUCAGAAGCCCGAAAUAAACACCUUGCAACAGA